UUUAAUCUUACAUCAUUUACUUAUUGUAAUAUGGGAUAUGUUUUAUUUGGAAUAGUAUUAUCUUUAAUUGGAUGAUUACAUUUUAUUAAAAAAUUAAAUAAUAUAAUACAUUUUGAUUUGGUCUCAUAUCUUUCUCUCAACCCCUCUCUUUCUCUCUCUCUCUCUCUUUGUCUCUAUAUGCCAUUAACUUCUACAGAAUCAUUAUCAUUAAUUAGUUUAGAUUCAUCUAAAUCAUCUAAUUUAUGUAUAUCAGUGAAUAUACCAUCAUUAACAAAAGAAUCAAUUAAAUUAUCAUCAUGUAAUAUAUCACCUACAUUUAAUAUAGAUGAUAUUUUAUCAACUCAUUAUGAACAGGAUGAAUUAAAUAAACAAACAUUUAAUGUUAAUGAAAAUCAUCCUAUUGUUCAAAUGAAUGAAACUGAUCAUACAUUUUUAAAUAAUGAUUCCUUUACUAAACCUGCUAUUUCAAUGGAAGUACAAUGUAUUUCGAAAAAUGAAAUUAAAUCAAAUUGUUGGUCUACUAAAACAUGCCAUUAUCCUUAUUCGAAUUCUCAUUCAAUAAAUCAUGAUUGUAAUCUAGAACAAGAAACCUCACAAUACAAACUGAUGAAUACAAAUGGUAUUCAUCAGAACAAUAAUGAUAUUUCAACAAUGUUAACUAAUCAUUCCUAUUUAAAAAGUAAUCUAUUACCAAUAAAUGAUUCAUGCAUAUCUAAUGAAAUAUCGCCUACACGAAAUACCGAUAAUAGUAGUAAUACUAAUAAAAAUGGUGAUGAUGAUGGUGAUGUUGAUGCUGAUCAAUACUUGCCGUCAAUAAUGAAUAAACAAAAAUCAUUAUUUGUCAGUAUUGGAGUACAAACUGAUGAUCAACUAAUUUCAAAAUGUUGUAAUAAAGAAAUAUUAUCAAAUGAAAAUUUGUCUAAUAUCUCUUAUUUCUGUGAUAAAAACGAUACUAAUACUACUCAUGAUAAUAAUAAUAAUAAUAAUAAUAAUAAUAAUGAUAAUAUGGAAAGUUUAAUUGAUGCAAUUAAAUGUGUUUAUGCUGAAAUGAAAAUCGAACAAGCUGAAAUGAUCAUAAAUAAUUUAAUUGAAAAAUUUGCUGAACCAUCCGAUAUGUAUACUUCUGUAGAGAAUCUUCCCAAAGAUAAUUUAUUAUUUUGUAAUAUAUAUAGUGAUAAUAAUAAUAAUAAUAACGAUAACAAUAAAAAGUCAUUAUUAAAUGAAAAAUCAUCUAAUUCUCCUCAUACAUCAGUAUCAUUUUUUUCACCUAUUUUUAAAUUACUUUUAACUCAAUCAGAAUCACAAAUAUUUCCUGAUUUGUAUAAAUUAAGUCCAUCAGGACGUAAAUUAUAUGAUUUAUGCCAUCGACUUGCAUUUGAUAUUAGACGUACUAAAAAUAAGCUACGUAUAUUGCAAAAAAUGCGAACCAGACAAUCAAAUCAACAUCAUUUCAAUGUACGUAUUACUUCUACUAAUCCGAAUACAACAACACCAACAACAGAUUCUAUCAAUGUUAGCACACACAAUACAUCAAACAACAUUUUAUCUAAUUUUCAAAAAAUUUUAGACAUUAAUGAAUCGGAUUCUUUGAAUAAUUCAGUAAAGAUAUCUCAAGAUAAUCGUCGUAAUGCUUUCAUUCAUUAUUUACACGAUAUAAGCAGAAAUUAUGAAAUGCCCAAAUCCACAUUAACAACCACAACCAUUUCUAAUCAUAAUGAUCCAGGUCAAUUUCAACAACUUUGUAAAGAUUCACAACUACUGACACAUCAUUAUCAUUACUGUGAACAUAAUAAUAAUAAUAAUAAUAGUAAUAAUGAGAAUCAAUCAGAAAAGUAUGGAAAUUAUCUAGAACAAAUCAUAACAUCGAACAGUAUAACUCCUCCUACUACUAAUAGUAAUAUUAGUCAUCGAAGUGCAGCACCAACGUAUACAAAUCCAUUAAAUUGUCCAUUAUCCUUAUUAUCUUUUGUAAGUAAUUUAAAUAAAGUUUGUAGUGUGGAAGAAAUAACUGAUAAUAAUGACAGUGAAGAUAAAAAAGAGGGAGAAGAGGCAAAAGAGGUUAAAGGUGAUCGACGCCAAAGACGAUCACGGGGACAACGACAAUGUCGGCGGCAACAAUCGAAACAACAGAAUCGACAACAUCACCAUCAACAUCGACAGCGGAAAAAGUUACAAUCAAACGAGAAAUUUCGACAGAAUGAACAAAAGUUCCCAUCUUUAUCUGAUAAUAAUAAUAAUGAUAAAAGUAAAAAGGCAGAUUGUGAGACUUUAUCAAUUCCAUUCUCCUCCUUGGUAUCAUCACCGUCGCCUUUAUCACCAUCGUUAUCAUCAAUAUCAGUAUGUACAAACAAUAAUAAUAAUAACAACAACAACAAUAAUAAUAAUAAUAGUUUAAACUUGAAACAUGAUCUGACAACAAAUUCCACUGGGAUCUGUAAUUUCAAUAUGGUAAAUGUGUCUACAAUGUCUUCGAAUGAUUUAACAACUAAUAAAUCAAAUACUAAUGAAUUGCCAUCUAAAUUAACAUCAUCAAUAUGUUCAGCUAAUUAUUCAAAUAAUUAUCAUCAUGUAGAAUCAUCAUGUUCACUUAAUGUCCCAGCAUUAUCACCAUCUAUAUUGUGUUCUUCAUUAUGUUCUGCAAGUUCAUCUGAUCAAAUAUCAACAACAAUUACACCUUCUAGUCAUUUACAUCAAGAUAAUCCAUAUCGUGGUAAACGACGUCAAGUAUCUAGUCCAUUAGAAGAGCAUAAUAAAUUGAAUAAUGAAAAUGAUUUUAUACAAACUCCAUCAAAAAAUCGACGUUGUUCAAGUUUCAACUCACAAAAAUAUCUAAUCAAUAAACAAUUUACAGAAUCAUUAGAUAAUAAUAAUAGUAACAAUAGUUCAGUUGUUUCAAUGAUAACUACAACAAUGUCAACGGUAACUUCAUCUCCAAGAUUGUGUUAUUCGUCUUCUUCUCCAAAUAUUUCAUUUGAUCAGUCUAUAAUUAAUAUUCAAGUUGAUAAAUUAAAGGAAUCUGAUCAAUGUACAAUUAAUGGUGAACAUAAUACAGAAACAUUUAAUAAAAUAUUAAAUGAUAUUCCAAAAUCAUCAUCAUCUUUAUCGCCUUCCUGCUCAUCAUUUACUUCGUUGUCAUCAUCAUCAUCAUCAUCAUCAUCGUCAUCAUCAUCAUCUGCAUUAACUAUCGAUUCAUCAAUAAAUCCUUCUACAUGUUCAUCUGAUACAUUAUGGUCCAAUUCAAAAUCAACAGCAAUACAUAAUAUUGCAAAUGUUGAUAAAUUAAAACAAUUAAGAAUUGAUAUUCAAGAUUCAAGAUAUGAAGAUGAUGAAAAUCAGAAAGAGGUAAAUUCAUUUGUAGUCCCCAGUGUCCUAUCACCUUAUUCUCCAAUUCAACCAACACCUCCAUGUUCUCCAAAUUUCUCAUCCUCUACAUCUUUAUCACCUUCAUCAACUAUUACACUUCCUCAGAAUGGAUCUAAAAGUUUUAAAAGUCAACAACAACAUCAACAAUCUACUUCAAUGAUGAAUUCAUGUUAUAAUAGAGAUGAAACUUUAGGAGGAUCGAUCAAUAAUCGACCACCUACACCAGAUAUUCGGCGUAGUGAAUUGGAUUUAGCAGAUUUAUCCGAUGGAACUAGAGUGUUAGUUAUACAAGAUACCUAUCUACGUGCUGGUACUUUAUAUUUAGGAAAAGAUAGUCCUUCAUUAAUCAAUCGAAUUAGUCUUAAUAACGAUCAUCUACGUGAUCAAGUAUUUCGUAUACAUUUAGAUACUGAGAAAUGUACUAGUUCAACUAAUUCACGUAUUAAUAAUUAUAAUCGUUUUACAUCACCAUCAUCUAAUCAUGUGAACAAUCAAGUUGUAUCAUAUCCAACUUAUCGACAAUUAUCUUCUUCAUCAUCAUCUUCUUCAUCAUCAGCAUCGUCGUCUUCAAGUAAUAAUAAUUGUAGACUGUUUAGUAAAAAUAGAAGACGUCAAAUGGAUUUAUUAUUGUAUGGAUGGCAAGUAGUACAACAGGCAGUUUUAGAAGUAUUUCCUGCUUCAAUACGACAUGUUCCACCCGGAACACGUGUUUGUGCUGCAUGGAGUGAACAGCUAGGUGUUAAUCUUUAUCCAGGAACCGUUGUAAAAAUUGAUCCAGAUGAACAACAACAUAUCAAUAAUGAUUGUGUUCCAGUUGAUUUUGAUGAUGGGGAUCAUCGUCAAGUACCAUUAACUGAUCUACGUAUUCUACCGGAUUAUUUUACAAAUUUAUGUGAAUUAAUUAAUAUCACUGGUGAAAAUAAUAUAAAUUGUUUAACUCCUUGUCUUAUCUCAUCGGAUUAUUUGUCAUUACGUCAUGAUAGUAAUAAUAAUAAUAUCACUAAUAAUAAUGAAAAAGAUAGUGAUAAAUUUGUGUCACGUAUGCGUCGUCAUAGUGAUCUGGAUCAUAACACAUCUAGAUCAUAUCAUUCAUGGUCUCAAUCAACAUCUCCACUUAUUCAUGAUACUAUGUCCUUGUGUUCACCACAAAUGAACACAAACUUAAUGUUAAACUCAAAGUUUUUCUUUCCUGAAAAGAAUUCAAAUAAACUAACACAUUGUAUCAAAAGUAAUCGAAGUAGAAAAAAUUCUCAAUUAUCUUCAUCAAGUUCAAAUAGAACAAUGGAGUGCACUGUAAAUUCACUGAUAUCACCUACACAUACAAUAUCAACGGGUGCUACAUCAGUCAUGUCAUUAAGAUCACCGUCACCACCUCCAUCAUUACAAACGCCAAUGACAAUGGCUGGUUUUAAUCAUAUGUCAAGUGAUAAGUACAUGAGUGAAUGUUCUGACAAUAAUAAUAAUAAUGAUAAUAAUAAUAAUAUUAAUAAUAAGUCAGAAAAGGUGAUUUAUCCAUUGAAUAAUCAUCUAUCUGAAGAAUUUAAUGCGGAUAAUAUUUCCAUUUCAAGUACAAUCACAACAACCGAUAGUUCAAAUGAGUGUUUAUCCUGGCAAGUGUACGAAAAGUUUAAGCGUCGGAAACAAGGCUGUAUAUACUGUCGUUCAAUAAUACGUGAUGUAGAUGGUUUAAUCGUUAAAGUUGGUGAUUGUGUACAAUUUGGCUCUGGGCGCAAUGAAAUAUAUCUUGGAGAGGUUAAAGAAAUACGUUGGGAGCAAAAAAGGAAUUCACUUAUUGUUGUCGCUGCAUGGUACUAUCAACCUCUUGAAGCUGGAAAAGAUGGACAAUUGGUACAAGAUGUUAAAGGUGCCCUAUUUACAACUGAACAUAAAGAUGAGAAUGAAGCCAAGUGCAUCAAGCGACGUAUCAAAAUAGCUAAAUCAUAUGGUCAGUUCAUGCAAGGAUAUUAUGGCAAACCUAAAGGACAGGAUCCUGUAAAGUCAAGUCAAACACAGUUAGACAAAAACAUGGGAGAAUUCACGUCUAAUACAGAUACCGAACAAAUCAAUCUUGAAGCUUGUGAACCAUUGCCAUCAUCAUCACUAACAUCAACGAGUCACAGUAUCAAAGAUCCUUCAAUCAAUGAAAAUGAUACUAAUCAACCUCCUAAACUCCAGAUUACGCUAAACAAUAAUGACAAUAAAAAUGAAAUUAGUUCAGAUGACGACGAUGAUAAUAAUAAUUCUAAUUUCUAUCAUUAUUUUAUUGCUGGUAAAUAUGACCCAGUUAGACAACAAGUACUUACAUGGGAUACAGAAUUAGCUAAAAUACUUAACCUUAAAACACACAAAAAUAGAUAACAAAAAAAUUCCUUUCUUUUUCUCUCUCUCACACACAAAAUAUCUCCAAACAAGCAUCAAAACAAUCAGAUUGUAUCGCAUUUUUUCAUUCCUUAUCUGUUUUUUUUUCUUUCCUGCAAUUCUAUGAUAUCGGUACUUGUUUUGUUCCACUUUUCUUUUGUAUGUCAUCUAUUAAACAAUUCAGUAAACUUUCACACCGGUGUGUUUAUCACCUUUUUUUGUGAAGUGAAUUAAUCUCAUAAUCACCAUCAAACAUUCAAUUUUGUGUGUAUUUUUAUCUUACAUGAUCGUGUAUACCAACCUCCCCCACUCCAUUUUAUAACCACAAGUAACUUCUACUUACUCAUAUAAUCCGAUGAUGUUUGAUAUGGCGUAUGAUUUAAGCGAUAUUAUUUUUUUUAUUACCAUGAUCAUUGUUAAAUAUGAAUUUGUUUUGUGAAUGCCUUCUACAACUUGAUAUAUAUAUAUCAAGUAAUUGUCCUAUGAUUUCAGCAUAUUUUAUCAUGUGCAAAAACAAACUGUUUGGAUUUACGAAA